CGAAUCGCUGCGCGCUACCCGUCCAUAGCUUAGGUCAAUAAGUGCGUGCGGACGAAAAACGUAAUUCUCAAAAUCUUGUUGUGUGAGGAGAAUUUCCUGUGCGUGUAUACAUGUGUGAGCCAUCCGUCUGGUUAUGUUAGGCUGUUCCACAAAGAACAUUUCGUCUGAUAUUUUUCCGAAAAGCAGUUGCAGCUGGUCUUCUAGUUAGACAAAAUUUUGGAGCUAUAAUAGUGAAUUGUGUGGCAUGUAAACGAUGCUGGUGGGUGACGGCUGGUGCAUGAAAUUCAACUGGACUGCGACUUCAGUAACCGGAUAAUGAUAACAGAGAUGAAGUUGUGAUGAGUAAUGCAAAAACUGCCAAACAGGUGAGGACCGCAAGAGUCCUGCCGUUUGUAGGUCAAGCCCAGCAGGAGAUUACAGAAUAGGAAUAAAACUCUUCCGCUGGCUGCAAAAUACGGGGCUGAUAUUAUCGCGCAAAGAAGCUCUUGACUAUCGGAGCUGUCUUUACGAAUUACGUUUGUUUUUCAUCAAAGACAACUUCUCGAACUGCGUGACAAAUUUAAUAACUCUCACCAAUGGACCCACUGAAAACCUUCGAAAAGAGGUUGCUCUCAGGCAACCUCAUCGACAGCACAAAAAUUAAAACAAAUCGUCCUGCGUGGCUUUGUACGCAGCAAGUUCCCAGAUUGUAUCGAGAGUUGGAAGCAAUGGUUAGCGUUCCCACCUCUCACCCCUCAGGGGCUGCAGGAGUACCGACAUCUCCAUUAGACACCAGUCUAGUAUAUCAACUGCUUCUCGCUUCAGGCCUACCUCAAACAGUUCUGGCGACACUAUGGGAUCAGUGCUCUCGAACGGCUCCUGGAGUAUUACUGCAGCAUGAAUUCUAUCAGGCUUUGGCCUUAGUCGCUGUCUGUCAGAAAGGGCAUCCUCCAAAUCCUACUUUGCUCCUCAGUCUUCCGCAAGCACCCUUACCCCAGUUGGCUAUUGCGGGGUAUCCGUUACCGCUAACGACACCAAUAGUAUCUCCAGAAGCAUCGGUUGAAUCAGCAUCUCAUCCUCCGAUAGGCGGAGCUGCAGCGAUGCCAUCACUGUAUCAGCCGAUUUCAAAUGCUACAGAUGUUAUGUCAAACGCUUCGCUUAAGCAUACAAACACCGCAACGCAAGACGAUCCUUCAAGACUACAUAAUUCUGCGUUAACUUCAAGUCCGGUUUCCGCCGUGUUGUUAAAUGGUGAAAAAUCGUCAAAUAUGAUGUCGGUAACGGGCGUUGACUGGGCUAGUAAAAUGCAACCUUCUUUAAUGGAUAAUAAUGGUACUAACAGUAGUAUGAGCAAUAGUUUAUCCACGACAAAUGAAAUGUUUCAAGGUCCCUCUGUUGCUUCAGCGGCGUCGCAACAGCCGACAAAAGAUGCCCUCGAGGGCAUCGUUACUGGUGACAACACUGACGAUGAUGAUUUCGGUGAUUUUGCUGAUUUUCAAUCCGCUCCUGUGGGGAAGUCACAAUCACUUCAAGCUCCUGCUCCGAAGACGGUUGAAACGCUCGAGUCUUCAUUCGCUGCAUCACUACUUGUUGAAAGACAUCAAACAAAGGAUGUUAUUACCUCAAGUGUCGCCACUUUGGGAUCUAAUGGUGGUCAACUACCUAUUAUAACACCGGACUUGUUUUCAUUUGAUAUUAUAUUAAACGGAAAAAAAAAAGAACUUCGGUCACAUGAAGCUGUUACUAGCCAAAGGAACACUAGUUUAAAGAAAAACGAGGAAGUUAUUGAACCCAAGGCCAGCAGAGAUGUGAUCCCGCUGCCGAAAGCAAAAACCGAUGGUUCGACAAAAGCAACCGCAGCUAUGCCUAAACCUACGCCAUUUUCUACGUUUCCUUCUGUGCUACCGUCGCUAUUCAACUCGAUAACAGUGCAAAUGACGGAGACUGUUCAGCCGCCUACGGAACCGAAUCCGUGGUUACACUAUCCAUUACUAGAUCAGGAAACAUCAAGUUCGGCUGGCUCAAAAGAUCGAAAAACGACUACGAUUAAGAAGCCACGCGACGUUGAGUCUCCGCUUAAACCAACUACUUCUCAAACGUGCACAGCUAAGACAAUCGCGAGUUUCCCAACAGGAAUAUUAUACAAAUGUGCUAGUGCAGACGAUGAUGAAUUUGAUGAAUUCGCAGAUUUCCAAAGCGCUCCCUCUGAAAAAGUUACUCAAAGCGCUCUGUUAGGCUCACCGGAGAAACAAUCAAAAACUGAGCAGUAUUCUGAAACAAAUCCAGCUGAUAAAUACUCUGUGUUUCGGAUGUUGGAAACGGAUCAACCUGAAUCAAAGACGCAUGAACAAGAAGAUAUGCUGCAAAACAAGAUAUUUUUAAAAAAUGGCACACUGGACGCCUUCGACAACGAAAAUGAGUUAUCCGCUCAAAAUGACACAAGUUCGAAAGUUGAUAUUCUAGCCUUAAUGAAGCUGCCCACAGUGCCCACCAUAAGCCUUGGUGAUGAAUUAAGUAUCUUGGAUUCGUUGACUAUCUCAUCGAAAGAUGCGAAUGCAAAAAGCUCUGCAAUAGAUGAACUUCAGGACCUUGAUCUGGGCUAUUCUAUUAUUGAUGGGCAGGUCGCCGCUCAAGCUGUGAAUUCCACUCCGGCGUCACCGGCAAAGUCCAUCGUCUCUAUUGGUAGCAUUGGAGAGUCGCGAGGUAAUCGUCGUCUGUCACUGUUUAACAAGGCUAACUAUUCCGAGUGUGCUUCCCUGUCCAGCUUCGAGCUGGGACCGAACACGGAAAGCAAUGGGUCAUCACCAACUAAGGGGUCAAUUUUAUCUCUUGAACUCAAUUCGCCCAGGCGAACUCUACCCGAAGAAGGGAUCGACGAGAAUGAUACUCUUGAAUGGAAUAUCGAUGGUACAACAGUGGAACCUCGAGGCAACGCGUCUACCUGCAGUAACCUUGGGAUGACUGUGCAAGCGGAAAACACAAAGGCUACCGAUGAAUUUUGUUGGGCGCAGCCUCCGAUAUUCCCUCCGCCAGACCCCACUACGGACUUCAGUAAGCCAUCAUCGGCCCUUCAGGAUCUCACCGGACUUUACCUACUUCACUAUCCCAAUACGCAGGUGCAGGAAGGGAAAAGAAAUGUAACGAAGGAACAGGUAGCGGAAAGCUGGGCGCGAGUUUUAGGGAAGGUGGCCGCUGUACUUGAAACUGCAACCCAUAUUUUGGGAAACGAUCGAGGCGUGUUGACUGAAGUAUUAGCAACAACUAAGGGGCAGAGAUACGCGUCAAGUUUACUCGAAGUGUACAACGUCAGUCAGCAGAUCAAAAAAGCAGCAGUUUUGUUCAAUGUUGACGGAAUAGAGGGCCCAUUGGAGCAGGUUGAGAACGCUUGGCGUCGACAAUUAGAAGACCUCACAGUCAGAUUGGGCUUGAGCGUCAUCUGUUUGGACCACCUCCUCACGCCACUCCAGUCUUCAGCGGACACGUGCGCAGUAUGUUUAUUACCUUUGGCUUUGAGACCGCGCCUGCUUUUCGGUGACCAUGCUUAUCAUGCAACUUGCGCCAACUUCUGGGCCAACGUUCUAGCAGAGGGUCUUCCUUGCCUGAAACUAUAUUGAUUCUGCACUUACUAUAUAUGGAAGAACUUUCUCAACAUGCUUCAUCAGCAAAUAUUCCAAGGCUGCAUGCUCAAAAUAUUCCCGGGUACAUGCAGUUCUAUUUAGCUAAAUUACAGUGUAGAAUAAUGCAACUAGUAUUUUUUCCUUGUACAUGCCACUGCCUCAAGAAAGCUAAUCGUCUAAAAGGCAGUUAUGAAAUGUACGUGACGAACCUGCGGGCGCUGUGUUGUUACCUUUCCGCUGGAUCUAAUCGCGACUGUAAAUACGUAUUUCCAAAUGUUUCAAUGAAGUUCAGACGCCCAGAAAGUGCGCACAGACGGUUUACAGCGACUGAUACGAUUAAUUCUGUCUAGCUUGUAAAUAUACAUACAUUGAGAUUCACUACAGAUUGGUUAAGGUGAGGGAAACAGAGACAUCAUCUAGAGAGUUGUAUUGUUUUCAACAUUGUUCGUCUUAAUUGGCGUUAAUUAGGCGCGAUUUCUUAUAACGGCAUAUUCAGCCGAGCGAUACAAUGCGAUUCGACGUGUCUACAAAUGCACCGCACACAUUGGACAGUACUCUCUGGUGGUACAGCGUUACUUUAUGGCAGCACCAUGCACUAGAAUAGUGAACUCCCUAGGAUCAACCCAAAAAUUGAUAAAUUUAUUUAAAAUUAGAUAAAAAUUAGAAAAAAAAAAUUUUUUUACUAGAUUAACGGCUUCUUUAUCGUUCAUACCAUACAGUUUGCAUUUUUCCUCGCCCGGAGUCUAUAAUUCCAGAGAGAGAGAGUUGGAGUACGCGACGCCAAUGACAUCAACGAUUACUGUAUGCAAGUUAGACGUGGUGGCCAAGGCAUGAAAAAUUUAAUAACGGCAUGACGUAUGUGGCCACAGACGUCACUCGUUGUGCAGUUGGAGUUCCCAGAUGCACAGCAGAAGUUACUUCGCGGACAACCAAUUAAUGAUGAGAAGUUGUGCUUACCUAUCAUCAUAUAAUGCACGUAUUGAAAAAAAAAA